CAAUAUGACAAAAUCUCUUGUUAAAUACGGUCGCACACAUGGCCUUUCUUCCACACUUGCGUCCUUGCAUAGCACGGUCCGCCAUUAAUGGACUCCCUGCUAUCACCUUGGUGCUCUGCAGGAACUCUCGGCAGCCUGAGAUGGCCGGAGAUAUGUCUCUCCUUCCUCACCUUCUUCUUCCUUCAUCACCUCAUCACACAGAGAAAGCAACCCAUAAGGAGCUGGCCCUUUCUGGGCAUGCUCCCCUCUGCACUUCUCAAUAUCCACAGACUCUACGACUGGGCCGUAGAUUUGUUCACCAGCCAUGGAAGCACCAUAGCCUUCCGGGGACCAAUCCUCAGUAACAUGAACAUCGUGGCGACCUGCGACCCCAGAAACAUAGAGCACAUGCUCAAGUCCAGCUUCGACAACUUCCCCAAAGGCGGCGAAUUCCGCGACGUCUUCUCCGAUCUCAUGGGCGACGGCAUCUUCAACUCCGACUCGGAGUCAUGGAAGAGGCAGAGGAAGAUGGCGAAUGCUCUGGUGCACUCCAAGUCCUUCCGUGGCUUCGCGGCCACAACGACGCAGCACCUGGUAAGGCGCCACCUCCUGCCGGUGCUCGGCAGCUUUGCUCGCUCCGGCUCGGCCUUCGACCUGCAGGACGUGCUGCUCAGAUUCACCUUCGACAGCACAUGCACGGCGGUCUUCGGCGAGAGCAUGAAGUCUCUCUCCGAGGAGCUCCCCUCGGUGCCAUUCGCUAAAGCAAUGGACGACGUGAUGGAGGCGAUAAUGUACCGCUACGUGUUGCCUAAGAGCUGGUGGCAACUUCUUCGCCGACUCAACGUCGGCAAGGAAAGGCAGCUCGCCGACGGGUUGAUCGUGAUCAACGACUUUGUUUCUCUACAACUGGAGACGAGGAAGAAGACGAAGGCGUGUUCCCCUGAAAGCAUGGACCUCCUAUCGGCUUACGCCUCGGUGUCAAAUGAUGAGGUCUUUCUUCGGGACACCGCCGUUAACUUUCUGGUCGCCGGUCGCGACACCUCCGGCACCGCGCUGAGUUGGUUCUUCUGGCUACUGUCCAGAAACCCAUCUGUGGAGAAGAAGAUCAUGGAAGAGCAGAGGAUGGUACUUGCAGAAACGUCUGAUCACAGGGACUGGUUCGAAAUAGAGGACUUGAACAAGAUGGUGUACUUGCAUGCCUCGCUUUGUGAGACACUGAGGUUGUAUCCUUCGGUGCCCAUAGGGCAGAAGGGCGUAGUGAAAGAAGAUGUGCUUCCUUGUGGAACUGUGGUGAAACCAGGAACAGUGAUCUUGUACGCCAUAUUUGCAGUGGGGAAGAUGGAGUGGGUGUGGGGAAAGGAUUGCCUUGAGUUCAAACCAGAGAGGUGGUUGGACGACCAAGGUAGGCUCAGGCAUGAAACUAACGGGUUUAGGUUUCUGGCCUUUAAUGGCGGACCAAGGACUUGUGUUGGUAAGGAUAUGGCCUUCGUCCAGAUGAAGUACGCUGCUGCUGAGAUUCUGUUGAACUUCGAGAUUCAUGUGGUAGAAUGUCACCGGGUUUCCGCCAAGCCUUCGGUCAUUAUGACCAUGAAGAAUGGAUUGAUGGUGAAGGCAAAAGUGAAGCCUAAAGACAGCCGGCUUGAAAAUUAAUGUAAAUCGCAAUAUUAUAUAUAUAUAUAUAUAUAUCUUCACCUUAUAUACUGUAAGGUAGGGAACUUGAUAUGUACGUAUUAAUGCUUAUUACCGUCACAUAUAUAUUCUUAAUGCAAUUACCCUUUCUCCUGUA